GGAGGCAGAGCACACAGGGCCGGCACUGCACGGAGGGAGGAAGCCUGGCGUACUUAACGUGCACUGCAGCAAUUUAAGGUGACUCAGUCAAGUACGGAAACUGGGGCAAUUAUGGCGAACAUCGCAGCACAGAGGAUCAAAAGGGAGUUCAAGGAGGUGCUCAAAAGCGAAGAGACUAGCAAAAACCAAAUCAAAGUAGACCUAGUAGACGAGAAUUUCUCUGAGCUUCGUGGUGAGAUAGCUGGUCCACCUGACACACCAUAUGAAGGUGGGAGAUACCAGUUAGAAAUCAAAAUUCCAGAAACCUACCCAUUUAACCCCCCUAAGGUUCGCUUUAUUACCAAAAUCUGGCAUCCGAAUAUUAGUUCUGUCACAGGAGCCAUCUGCUUGGACAUAUUGAAAGACCAAUGGGCUGCAGCUAUGACCUUAAGAACAGUAUUGUUAUCGUUGCAAGCUCUGUUGGCUGCAGCAGAACCAGAUGAUCCGCAGGAUGCAGUGGUGGCUAAUCAGUAUAAACAAAAUCCAGAAAUGUUUAAACAGACAGCUCGACUGUGGGCACACGUGUACGCAGGAGCACCCGUCACUAGUCCAGAAUACACGAAAAAAAUAGAGAACCUUUGUGCCAUGGGCUUUGAUAGGAAUGCAGUAAUAGCUGCCUUGUCGUCAAAAGCAUGGGAUGUAGAAACUGCGACAGAACUACUUCUGAGUAACUGAGAUAGCUGCUUGUCUGCUCCCCGCUCGCCCCUACCUGAACAGCACGUCAUCUGUUAUUUUUAGGAUACUGCAUAGGUUCUGUUACAAAAAGGCACUCCUACUCGACAAUGCUACUUAGACAGUACCGGAGACUGACGGGAAAGAAACUGCUGUGUAAAUUAAGCUGUGUAAGCGUAUGUGUAAAAUACAUCGAUUCAAUGGGAGGGCUUUCAUUCUUCAUUUUUAAAAAAAUUCUGUGAAAAAAAGACACAUAGACCUAUGGGCUGAGCCGAUGGCAAUGUAUACGUUUGUACUUUACAGGGUGACCAAACCUGGAUUUUCGUUUCUCCUUGCCCCACCCUUAAGUUCCUUGGCUUAAACAAAAGCAUCCAAUAUCUGCAAAGGGGUUUAAAGGGGAUAUUAACCUGCUUAUGAGUAGGUUUUAUUUUUCAGUGAUCCGUAAUUAGCAUAGCUCAUUCUGUGCACAAAGGUUUUUCUACCUGUGUAGCUACCCUGAUUCAUAUACAGUCUAUAUAGAAAUGGGAGCUGCCACGUAGGUGUUCUUUAGAUCAGCUGUUAUAAUUGUAUGGUUGAAUUGGCCAUUAUUGGGGUGCAAAAUAAGCUAUGCUGUUGUACUCUGCAGUUUAUUUGGGGGUGGGGGGGAAUAAACUGAGCACCUAAAAUGGGGUGUAUUUACUCUUUAAGUUUUAAUUGUCAUCAAUUUUGCCAGCCAUUGUCUACCUUAACGUUAGUACCAGCCAUCGUUUGUGCCUGUGGACUUGCAUGCAUGUACGCUAAUGAAUUUGGUCCAUUCAUCUGAACAAGUCAUCAGUAGAAUAUUCGGUACCAUGAGUUCAUAUAUAUCAUUUGCGGGGGGGGGGGGGGGGUGUAGCUAUCAGCAUAAUCAGAAGUUUUUAGGGCUCCAAGAACCCACAGUUUACCCGAUUUUCAAUCUUGGGGGCAAGAAGACGGCCAAAGCUUUGCACUGCAAUAUGCCAGAGACCACUCUGUGGCCUAAGUGGUUAAAGGUGGUGUGGAAACUGGAUUUCUUUAUCUUUAAGCUUCAUGAUUACAGCUAGACGAAAAGACUGCAGUCAGUUUAAAUGGAAGGAGCCAAAUUAUGAGAAGGCAAACCUGUCACAAUGCACUGUACAGUACUUUACUAUUUAAGACUCAUCAGUCGGCAAAUGGGCUGUAAAGAUAAUUCCAGCAAUGGGCGUCAUAUCAUGGCAAAUCCUCUCUGGCAACACUAGCACUUCAGGGGGGAACCCCUGUCAUUGUUACAACACACCUCUAAAAGCCGAGUAAUUCCAAUCCAAAAUUUGUAGACUGAAAAUUCCUCUUCCGUAAUAAACUGUUUGAAUAUUCAUCAA